CAUAAGUUCAAAAUAUUUUGGUAUGUGCAUCUUCCAAUGCAGCUGCAGAUGAAAUUACAAAAAGAUUAUUAGCUAUACUUCCUUGUAAAGAUAUAUUUCGGAUGUAUGCAACAUCUAAACAUUGGUCAAGUGUAGACAAACAAAUUAAUCAUUCCUCAAAUUUUGUUAAUAACACCGUUCUUUAUUUACCAAAAGAAAUUUUGAUUUUAAAAAAGAUUGUUAUUACAACGUUAGUGACAUGUGUGAGAUUGAUGGCACUCAACUUAAAGAAAGACCAUUUUUCAUAUAUAUUUAUUGAUGAAGCUAGUCAAUGUGUAGAAUUAGAAUCAUUGAUUCCAUUUGCACUUGCAAGUUCACAAAAUAAAAGAGGUGAAGGAAUGUUACAUGCUCAAAUUAUUAUUGCUGGUGAUCCUUAUCAACUUGGACCUGUAAUUCAUUGUAAAAAAAUUGAACACUUGCUUGGAAAAUCACUAAUAGAAAGAUUAAUGGAAUGUGAACCAUACCAAAAAGUAAAUAACGAAUACAAUUCACGUUAUAUAACAAAAUUAAUUCGAAAUCAUCGUAAUCAAGAAGCUAUUAUACAUGUACCAAAUAAAUUAUUUUAUGAUAAUGAAUUGUUAUGUUGUACCAAGUCGAACGCAAACAUGCUAACUCUAAAUUGGAUAGAAUUGUCAAAUAAACAAUUUCCUAUCAUAUUUUUUGCAGUUAAAGGCAAAGAAACAAGGGUGCAAAGUGGAAGUGUUUACAACAAACGAGAAAUCGAUGUUAUAACAUAUUAUACAAAAAAAUUGGUACAAGCCAAACUGGGUACACGCAAAAUUACAAAAACAGAUAUUGGCAUCAUAACGCCAUUUAAACAACAAAAAAUUAUGAUUGAAAAAAAUUUUAAGGGAACUAGAUUACAUGGCAUAGAUGUUGGAACAGUAGAAACAUUUCAAGGGCAAGAGAGGGAAAUUAUACUAUUAACUACAGUAAGAUCAAAAGUCUUUACACAUGAUGGUAAAGAACAUAUUGGCUUCUUAUCUAAUCCAAAGAGAUUUAAUGUUGCACUGACAAGAGCAAAGAAUCUUUUAAUAAUAGUAGGAGAUCCAUCUGUUCUUUGCAAAAAUAAAAAUUGGAAUAUUUUAUGGGAGUAUUGUGUAAAGAAUAAUGCUUGUAGCACUGUUGACACAUUAGACCUAAAAUAGAAAAUAUUUCCUAUUUAAUAAACUAAGUAUUGAAACUAAACAACUCCUUGCCAAUGAUUAUUUAAAAUAAAGACUAUAAAAUAAUGUAUUAUCUUUUUAUGACAAGAAUAGUACAUGAUAUGUUAUCUUUGGUUAUAUUUUGUAAAAUUUUAUAAUUUUAUGUAAAUAAAUCUU